UAAAGUCCUUUGAGGGAUCUUGUUCUUAAGAUUUCUGUGGUUCAACUUUCUUCUUCAUCCCUCCACGCCCCACAGUCUAGGAAUAUGAAUGGUGAGCCAUGGAUGCUGGGAAUUGGAGCCAGGUAACAGAGUUCAUCAUCUUGGGCUUUCCCCAUCUCCAGGGUAUCCAGGCUUACCUCUUCGUCUUGUUACUUCUAAUUUAUCUCACCACCGUACUGGGAAACCUGCUGGUAUUCCUAGUGGUCCGCCUGGACUCCCAGCUCCACACACCCAUGUACCACUUUGUCAGCAUCCUCUCCCUGCUGGAGCUUGGCUACACGGCUGCCACCGUCCCCAAGAUGCUGUCGAACCUGCUCAGGGAGGAGAAGACCAUUUCUUUCUCCGGAUGCCUCCUGCAAAUCUACGUCUUUCACUCUCUUGGGGCCACUGAGUGCUAUCUCCUCACAGCUAUGGCUUAUGACAGGUAUUUAGCCAUCUGCCGGCCCCUCCACUACUCCACCCUCAUGACCCCAGCACGCUGUGCCAAGAUCGCUGUUGGCUGUUGGUUGGGAGGUCUGGCUGGGCCGGUGGCUGAGAUUUCCCUGGUGUCGCGUCUCCCUUUCUGUGGCCCCAAUCGCAUUCAGCACAUCUUUUGUGAUUUCCCGCCCGUGCUGAGCUUGGCUUGUACUGACACAUCUAUCAACGUCCUAGUGGACUUUGCUAUCAACUCCUGCAAGAUCCUGGCCACCUUCCUGUUGAUCCUCAGCUCCUAUGUCCAGAUCGUCCGCACGGUGCUCAGGAUUCCUUCAGUUGCAGGCAAGACCAAGGCCUUCUCCACCUGUGCCUCCCACCUGACCGUGGUUCUCAUCUUCUACGGGAGCAUCCUCUUUAUGUACGUGCGGCUGAAGAGUAGCUACUCACUGGACUGUGACCGCGCCCUGGCUGUGAUCUACUCGGUGCUCACACCUUUCCUCAACCCCUUCGUCUAUAGCCUGCGCAACAAGGAUAUUAAGGAGGCCGUGAGGAGGCAGUUGAAGAGGUCAGGGAUACUUACUGAAGUGAAGGUGGGGAAGGCAGGCCAAGGGAGAAGAUGA